GGUCUCAGCUCCCACUUCCUUUCUCUCUCCGUCAAUUUAGUGAAAAAGCCAAACACACUUUCUCUUCUCUCUCUAAAAUGGUUUCCACAUACUCAAUUUAGGUAUCCAUCGAUUGUCCAGAUUCCAUAAUUCCCCAUUUGUUUCUCCUCAUACCAAAGAGACAAAAGAAUCCGAUGUUUUCAUUCAAAGACAAGAUUACAGACCAGAUCUCUAGCCUCUUCUCCUCCUCCGAUUCACCGCCUCCUCCUUCUCAAUCGCCACCGUUAGAUCCACCUCAGGCCAGGCCACAUUCUGAGGGUAAAUCUUUGUCUUCAAUCUUUACCUCCAUUCUCCCCUCAUCGAGCUUUGCUGGGUUCCAAUCUAACAAUCAUACGGAUGAUAUCAAACCAAUUCAAUCCCCUCCUGUUAAAUGGAAAAGUACAAGCAUACCGUGGCUAGAUAAACAUGGCUAUGAGGAAUGUGAUCAUGAAUGUGAGAAUAAAGGAACUCCAAAUUCCCAUGGAGCGGGUCAAGAACAGGGGACUGGGAGGAGUGCUGAAUGUGAGAACAAGGGAGCAGACCUAGACUCUGGGAGAAGCACUAGCAGUUCAGACACGUUUGAAGAUGCAACCGAAUCACAUAAUGUGGAGAGGUCUAUGCCAUACCUCACAGAGGGGUCUUCUUUCAUUACUUUGGACUUGUACGAGUUUUUGCUGUCGUCUCUUCCCAAUAUAGUCAAAGGAUGCCAAUGGGUCUUGUUGUAUAGUACUAUAAAACAUGGUAUAUCUCUCCGUACACUUAUUCGUAGAAGUGCUGAUCUUGCUGGUCCUUGUUUGCUGAUUGUUGGAGAUAAACAAGGAGCAGUUUUUGGUGGGCUGUUAGAGUGCCCUCUGAAACCUACCCCGAAGAGAAAAUACCAAGGGACAAACCAAACAUUUGUUUUUACAACCAUCUAUGGUGAACCAAGGUUAUUUAGACCAACUGGUGCCAAUCGGUAUUUUUACUUGUGUUUGAAUGACUUACUAGCACUGGGUGGAGGAGGGAACUUUGCCUUGUGCCUGGACGGAGAGCUGUUAACUGGAACAAGUGGACCUUGUGACACGUUUGGGAACUUAUGCCUGGCUCACAGCCAGGAAUUUGAAUUGAAGAAUGUUGAGUUAUGGGGGUUCACACAUUCGUCACGCUACAGUAUUUGACAAGAUGCGAAAUCUGCUUCAAUAUGUAGCUUAUUUGUAUCUUUCUGAUAAAUACACAGUUUAUUUGCAUCUUGCUAAUAUUCGUUAUCCAAUUCCUUAUUCUUUUGUAUUGUAGUUUCAGAUCUCUGGCAUCAUAAUAGGUAGUUGUAUCGGAGCGGCUUUUGUUCAGCUAUAGAACAUUGUUUUUGUAAUGCGAAAAUGUAUUUUGAUGUC